CGCGUUUGACCAGUUCAGGAAGGAGAAUUGAGACGCCGCCAAAGUCAUUUGCAACGUCAGCGCCCGAUAAACCACUCGGCCAAGUAUAUAAGAAACCUGCAGUCCCAUUACAGGCCAAAUCUUAUCAUGUAAUGUCGGCCAAUUGACCUGGUAGAUGACAGCAACAUUAUACGUCCCCAUCAAGCAGAGACCAACAUUCAAACAUUACAUUUCAACUCAUUCUAGAGCUAUGGCACCAAUCGCUGUGGAGGACGUCGUCAACACGACGGCCCCUGUGUCCAAAGCCAUUCCCACCGUCACCAACGGAGCCGAGUCCGACCACAAGCCCACAAUCGCUCGAUAUGAUGCCAACGACCCAGCAACCACCACCGAGCUUUUGGUGUCUAUCUUGGAGCGGGACGGUGGCGUUAUUGUCGAGAACAUCAUAAGCCAAGAACUGGCCUCACAAAUCAGAUCCGAAUUAAAACCAUUCUUUGACACGGACAAGGUCGAUGCCUCAGGCUUCUUUCCUCACACCACCCAGCGGGCCACGGGGCUGCUGGCGAGGUCCCCUGGUUGCGUCGAUCUUGCCAUGAACAAGACGUACAUCGAUGUCGCCAACACCAUGCUGUCGUCAACAUUUUCUUAUUGGACAGGGCAGAAACAGGAAACCGUCACCAGCAAACCCAUCAUUUCAUCAACCGUGGGCUUCCGAGUAAACCCCGGUGGGAGACAGCAAGGCCUUCAUCGUGAUGACAGUGACUAUCAUACCAGGAAUUGCGAUAUGCCCAUGAUGCUAGGCUGCGUGACGGCCUUGACCAAGACGACUAAGGAGAACGGCGCCACCAUUUGUAUACCAGGCUCACACCUGUGGGGACCUGAACGAUGUCCCUACGACCACGAAGCGGUCCCCGCCGAGCUGGAGCCUGGCUCAGCCCUGAUCUUUGUCGGUAAUUUGUAUCACGCCGGCGGUGGUAACAUCACAAAAGACCAGUCCCGCGAGACCGUGGGUAUUUUCCUAUGCAAAUCAUUCUACCGACCCGCCGAAAACCAGUUUAUCAUGGUUGGUCCUGAGAAAGCCAAAAAUCUGCCCCCUCAAGCGCAAAGACUACUCGGGUAUGGCAUCAGUUUGCCAUCGCUGGGGUUUGUCGAGUAUCAGGAUCCCAUGCGCUACCUAUUUGGAGUCGAAGAUGAGGAGACCGUCGACAUGUGAACUUGGCUGAAGCGCAAGUGCGACCGAAAGUGGUGAACAUCAACACCAAGGGCAUGGCGACCACGAGAUGAUAUAUGUAAAGGAGUGAAGGCGCAGGGAACCUUGCAGUAGACAGAGAUGUCUCUCCAUGACGUAUGUUCGACUCGUUGACUCCAGGGAUGGUCACGAGGCAUUUGUAUUAUACCAUGACAGCCCAGUCCGCCGAAGCCAAAAUUGUACAAAUGGCGCAAGGCUGAAGACUCGGAUGCAUGCAAUCAAGACUCGCUCGCA